AUAUGACUGCCCAUUGCUUAAAAAAUUAAAAAACUAACUCUCUGUCCUCACUCCUCACUCACAAUCACAACAAUUCAUAUUCUUUGGUUACGUUCUGGAAAGAGGUGUACAACGAACGACGAGGACAAUGGCUGACAUGAAAGCAAAGUUGCAAUCUAUGAUAGAAAAGCUUGAUGCAAUUCCAGCUUCAGCACUCUAUCUGCCCCAAUAUGACCUGUUGGAUUCAAUAAAGGGACGACUAUGGAAACUCAGUGUUACAAUGGAAGACACCAAAGCAAAUUUGCAAUCUAUAGCAGAAAAUCUAAAUAGACUAUAUUACGAAAUCAAUCUGGAUGUCGCCCAAGUAGCCAUGUUGAAGUAUAUGGAGCUAGAAAUACAUGAACUCAUGCAAGCUGAAAUGUUCAAUGAACCGGCAUUUACUUAUCCUCCAUGCUCGGCGGCAGUGUGUACAGGGCCCUGGUACCUAUUCACCGCGAGGGAAUUGGGAGGAAACCUAAAAAAAUAUUUAACCUUGAACUUGAAGGGUUUUAUGUGUUACCUAGGUGAUAGUUUGCGUAACAUUCCUCCGAUGUAUCAGAAGGCGUUACUAGGAUUAUGUGCUUCUUACAUACUUCCUCCAAUGCAAAACAACACAGCUCCAUUUGAAAAUUCUCAAUUGGAAAAAACAAAUGCACCACCACUGCUACUUACUUUUGGGGAAGCCUUUAAAGCAUUCAAUCCAGAAAUAACACACAUCACGAAGUUCCUUUUGUGUGUUAUUCUGACUGCGGUUUUGAUUUUUCGACUACCUCCUGGGGUACAGAUAAUUUCAAUGCUUAUAUUGAUUGCUACAUUUUUCCUUGGGUUCCUCGAGAUGGCUCACAGCGCCUCUAAGACUGGUGUGACUUGUGGAUCAAUUCACCUUCCCGUGUUUUGGUUUACGACUUUGAGCGCUGUUGGAAUUUCCAUAAUUUUUGGACUAUUUACACUAUUCGUGUUUUAUAUUAUCUGGAGGUUGUCAAAGGGGAAACCCCAAGCUAAUGAUGAUGAUGUUAGUUUAAAUGAUUUCGUCGGGGAUUUAGAAGAAGGAGAUUUAGAAGAAGGAAACUGAGAUCACGGCGGUGUGUAACUAAAUAUUUAUUUUCUUUGUUUUGCAGCUCUUGAUGUUUGAUAUUAGUAUAGAUGUUUGAUAAUAAUUAUAAUAACAUUUUUUUUGCCGAAA